GUAGUAUGGGAGACCACUCUAAAUAUAUUAAUUCAUCAUCCCUGUCCAAUAAAUAAAGUAUUAUAUUAAUAAGUAAGCUAAAAAGGGUUGAUUACAAAGUCCCUAAAAAAGGAAAUGGAUCAUAAAGCAGGUAUUAAGACCACACUUUAAGCAUAGUUUCAUUUUUUAAUAAUAUUAUAUUAAUUAUACAUCAUACUCAUCAACAUAGAAUUUCAUUAUAGGCAUGUAGUGGUCUUAUUAAAAUUAAGUUUAAGUGGAGAACAUCAGUGACGACAGUGUCAACAGUAACAGAAGUGGAGGUUUAGGUUCCCUUGACUUAUCUAUGACUAUGUGAUCUAUGUUUAUUUAAUAUUAGUAGUUUAUUAAUAGUAAAUUUAUUUUUUAAAAAUUUGAUUUCAGUUUUGAGAUUUAUAAUUUGAAUCUCAUUUCAUACAAUUCUGGCCUAAAGAAAGAACUGGUGCACAUGUCACAAAAAUGUGCUUUAUGGCUUUAUAAUUUAUAUAUAAUAUAUAUUAUUUAAAGAUGUUUCUGCCAAGAGUUAAAAUAGUCGUUAAUUGAUUGAAAUAAUAAUUUCAUUUGUCAUUUGUGAUACAUCUGCCGGAAUACUAUAUUUAACACAGCUAGCUGACCAGCCAUGUUCUAGUUACUUCUCUACCUCUAGAUUGGUUUUCAAUUGACGCUAAAUUCAUUGAUAAGAUAGCUGUUGUGCUUACAAGUUUUUGUAAAGGACCACAUUUUCAAUAACUUAGGUGCUGCAGGAUUAAGGAAAUUUACUUAAGCUGUGGUUUGUUCUUAAUUUUUCAUUGGCAUCUAAGUUGAGGACAAAAUGUGAGCAUUUCUAUCCUUGAUUGGUAAGGCAGGGAGGGAUAUGUUCCUUCAUGUCUUUUGUUUGCAUUUGUGCGGCAAGUAUUACCAUGAGAACCCAUAGGAAACAUUUUUAGAGAGUUAUACUUAUAGUUGUUAUAGCCUACUAAAUUUACCACCCAUUUAUACAGAUUUCCAUUAGUAUACGAAAAUACUUCAGUUUAAACUUGUGUUCAUUUAUUCCUAAAAAUAAAACACACCCAGUCGGGUUAAUUUGGAACACAGGCUUAUCCUGGCUUAUGGUACUUUGACGCCACAUGGGAUGAAUGUCUCUUUUCACUGCUUGACCCUAACUCCGCCCCUCCACGUCCUGACCUUCUUCUUCUUCUAUAUCUUAAGGGGCCCAUGAUCAAUUUAUUGAUAAUUUUGGCUCCUAUGCAUGUAUAUGGGAUUUGCAAUUUUUCUGUGCCUGGUGUUGAUGAGGAAAUUUCACUGAUUUCCAGUGCCACUUAACUUUGUGAGGGAAUCAUGCACUAGGGGUUUGAAGGCUUGAGGCAAUAGACAAAAAUGUGUCUAGUGUUGUCGCCUCAACCGUUCCUUUUGAAAGCUUGUUCCAGUCCCUGAUUGUCUUGGGCAGGAAUGAGCAGCUCCUAUACUGGCUUCUUGCUGGUAUGAGCCUGAAUUGCCUGUCAUGGCCUCUUCGCUGUCUAUGGGGAGAAGGACGAGUUUCUGUUUAAUACUGGAACAGUGGACCUGCCCAUUAUUUAUCUUGUACAUCAUGGAGGCCCUGAUUGUCGUCGUCGUUCCUUCAAUGGUGACCAGCCUAGUGUUUCCAGCAUGCUGCCAACACUAGAGGUAUUCCUGUAGCGGUUUAGGACAAAGCGUGCUGCUCGUCACUGGACCGCCUCCAACCUGUCAAUGCUCUUCUGGGUAAAUGGGUCCCAGACUGAAGAUGCAUAAUCUAAAAUCGGACGGAUAAAGGCUUUAUAUGCUCUUUCUUUCACACAGGAGUUGCCAAUCUUUAGAUUUCGCCUUAAGAACCCUAGGGUCUUGUUUGCUUGGUUACAUACAUUGUUAAUAUGCUCGUCCCAGCGGACCUCUCUUUGAAUGGUAACACCCAGAUACUUUACGGAGGAAACUGUCUCAAGUAUAUGGCCAUGCAGUUCGUAUUGGUUGUGUAUAUGAGUACAACUUCUAGAGACUGAUAGUGUCUGGCACUUGUCAGGGUGAAAUUCCAUGUCCCAGCUCAUCUCCCACUCAGCUAACAGAUUGAGAUCCUGUUGUAGCUGGUCCUGGUCAGAUCUGUUGGCGAUCGUCCUAUACACCGCUAUACAUCAGCGAACAGUCUUGUUUGUGAUGUCAGUUUCUCGGGUAGGUCAUUAAUGUAUGCUAGGAACAAACAGGGGCCUAGCACUGAUCCCUGGGGGACCCCUGACUUCACAUCGACAAAGGAGGAGCUUGUACCGUCCACCACUACUGCUUGGCAUCAGUGGCUGAGGAAGCUAGAGAUCCAUGUUUUAGUGGUGCCUUGGAUCCCAAAUCUCUGGAGUUUGUGUAGAAGCAAGCUAUGAUUCACACAGUCAAAUGCCUUUGCGAAGUCCAUUACCAGCACGUCAGUCUGCUUGUGGUUCUCCAGAUUGGUCAUCAGGUCUUCUACAAAUUCAAGAAGCUGGGUCUCACAUGAUCUUUUGACUCGGAAGCCAUGUUGACAGUCAUUGAGUAUAUUUUGGCUUUCGAGAUGCUUCAUGACUGUCCUUACGAUUAUGUGCUCCAUCAGUUUGCAGACCAUGCUGGUGAGGGAUAUCGGACGAUAGUUGGCAGGGUCGGAAUGCUCCCCUUUCUUGUAGAUUGGAGUGACAUGCACUGUUCUCCAGUCUGCUGGAACAUUUCCUGUGCACAGUGACGAUUGGAAGAGGAUUGUCAGUGCAGGAGCGAUUUCUUUGGCUAAUUCUUUGAGCACUCGUGGUUUGAUGUUGUCAGGACCACAUGCUUUGCAAGGGUUAAUGGUAUUGAGGAGGGCAAACACACCUUGUUCUGAUAUCUGGAUAUCUCCCAUGACAGGGUAGGUUCUGUUCAUCAUUUUGGUCUUCAGAAGGAACUCAGUCUCAGAGUACUCUCUACCGUCACCAAAGACAGACUGGAACUGUUGAUUGAGUAUCUCCGCCUGUGCUUUUGGGUCAGAUGUCAAUUGGCCAUCCCACCUCAGGGGGGAAACUCCAGCAUUAGAGGACUUUUGGUGCUUCACAUAGCUCCAGAAGCGCUUGUUCUUGAAAUCUUUGGUUGGGGUGUCUUCCUCUGAGAAGAUGCAGUUCAUGUAGUUCCAAUAUGAUCUGCAAAAUAAGCGUUGAAUGGUUCGGCGGAGGCUCAGUACCUCCUCUCUCAGUUCAAUCAAGCCAUUUUUCUUCAUACGUUUGUAUUGGCGGUCUCUCCUGUGGAUGAGCCUAUGGAUUUCAGCUGUGACCCAUGGCUGAUUUAUCCUAGGUUUGGUGAUUUUGUGUGGUAUGAAUUUCUUCACUGCAUCAGUGAUUGUUGUUUUAAACUUCACCCACGGCUCUUCUGUUGUCGCUGUACUCUGAAUCCCCUGCAUGUUUGAGCUUAGCUCUGUGAUCGCAGUGGACUUGUUUCUCCUCUUUUCUUUUGCUCUUCCCUAUUUAAUCUCUCCCUCACUUACUUUCUGUCACAUUUCUUUUGCUGCCCACGGAUACUACGCCCAAGCUAAGUGAUAUUUCUUAUUUUUAUUUUUAUACCGUUUUUUCUGUCGUUUUGUUCGCUGACAAAGGCUUUCUGCCGACACGUUCUUUGUUUUGUUGCGUUUCUUUUUUCAGCUUUAACCCUACUCUGUUUUACUCAUUUUAUAUUUAUUCCUAAAAUAAGCAUGACACUUUCAUUGUUUUUACAGAAAAUGCCCUGGGUAUUUCUUGGCAUGAUACUGCUUGGGUCCCACAUCUCAAUCAAAGUAACAUCUUGGACUACUUUUCUGAACGCUCCAAUCCUUUCUAUGAUAGAACAUGCAACAAUGAGACCAUAAAAAUGCAGAGGCUUAGUCCAGACCAGAUGCUGUGAGUUCAGUUUUCCUGAAUUAUAAAUUAAAAGAUGUUGCAUAGUCCUUACUUGUCUGAAUCACAUUUAAUAUCUACACUUAUCUUUCAUGUUUAGUUCAUGAUCCAAUUGUGAAAAUCUUAAUGAAAAUUAAUCAAAUAAACCUUUAGGCAAAAUGUGUAUACAACUCAAAAGAACUAAAGGGUUUUGCUCUAUCUUUAGUAAAAAAAAAAUCUUCUUUGGACCAAGUUAUCCAUUUUUUAUUAACUUGCUUUUAGAAAGAACUACCAGUAUUUUAAAAUAAAAUGUUGAAUUAGUGAAAUAAUUGAUGAAUAGUAAAACCCUGUUACUGUUACCACAAAAAGCUAUGGUUCUUAAUUUUUAGAACUACAAUUUAAUUGAGUGGAAAAGUUGACUUAUGUAUAUGAAUACAAAUAAAUAAAUGGAAGUUUUGAAUGUUAAAAUUUCAACAUACUUUAAAUUAAGAUUUGAAGUUCACUUAACUGACUUUUUUCUAAAUAGAAUUUUUUUCUGUAACUUUAUUUUUCUUUUUAAAUUAUGUGGAACUAAUUUUGUGUAUAAAUUUGUUUUGAAUGUGUUGUUGAUAAUACUACAUCAUUUUAGAUUAUAGAAGCCAAAUCCAUGUGUUAUUUUGAUUGUUGAUGAAACUUUAAAAAUAAAUUAUUUAACAAAAAUUAAUUUCUAUCAAGGAAUAUGACAGGAUUGGAGUACUCACUUCUGCAUGCUCAAGAACCAAUUUUGUAUGUCAUUCGUAAACAGCAUCGCCAUUCUCCAACCCAAGGUAAUUAAUUGGUUAAUUUCAUUAAAUUUAAUAUUUUUAAAUUUUACAGAAUUUGUUUCAAUUUCAAUAAUAAAAAUAUGCAUACACAAAAAUAUACCUAGAAAAAUAUAAAAAAACGAGUUAAAUGAUAAUUUUAAAAUUCUAUUUUAGUGACCCCACUUGCAGACUAUUACAUCAUUGCGGGUACAGUGUAUCAAGGUCCUGAUUUAUGCUCUGUUGUCAACUCAAGACUGGUAUGAAUUCUAUUUGAAACGUUGCCUUUUUUUUAUAGAAAUGAACUCUUAUAUUUUAUUUAUAUUUUCAUCAAUAUUCAUUGUCGGAGGCAAGAAAUGUUUUAUUUGAAAUAAUUAAGACAGGAAUAAAGGAUCCGCUGGCCUCAAAUCUUAAGUUUUCAUUAUUAAACUUGGAUUAGUAAGUUCAAAAUAUUUGUAUCACCAGCUUAUCUUGACUUAACAAAUGUAAUUAAGACACUUUUAAAUGUUUACAGCUCAACACAUUGCAUAAUUUACAGUCAGCAUUUGAUGAAGGUGGGUAAAAUUCAAAGAGUUAAGAGAGAAAAAUUAGCCUAAGCUGUUUUGAAAAUGGCAAUUUUAAAACCAGUGUGUUAGAAUUUCUGCAAUUUUAAUCUAACUAAUACUAAUAUUUUGUAUUGCUAUACUAUUUAAACUGCAUGUUUUAAAUAAUUUGAUUGCUUAUCCAUAAAUAGCAUUUUGAAUUGGCAAAAGUAUUUAUAAAAACUGAUUCAUUUAUCUUGCAAUAAUUCUGCAGCCCUAGGAUAUGCUAGAUUCCAUCCCUCUCGAGGCUACUCUUGGGAAUUUAAAGAAAAAGAAGAGAAAGGUGAGAGCAACUCUUUGCAAUACAUCAAAACAUUGUUUGAGACAAAUUUAUCAGUUGAUCACCUGGACUGAAGAGUCUUAGUAGCACUUUAAAUAAAGUAUUCUUCUUAUUGUCUUAAUUUAAUAAUUAAUUUUUGGUCUGUGCAAUCUUGUUAUUGUUGAAAAUGAAACCUUAAAUUUGUAUUCUGUUGCAGAGCCUGCUGCAAAAGAUAAAAAAAUCAAGAAGAAAGAAGAGGCCAGCUCAGCAUUCCAAAGGAAAAGAGUAGAUUUGCUGUUGGGAGAACUCGCCAAGAAACAUCCACCUCUCUUCAUGCCCCCACCAUCCCAGCCACCUGCUAAAGGUAAUUUUACUGUGGCAGAAAUCAUAGAAUGCAAAUAAAUGUUUACUAUUGGUGUGCCUUUGUACUUGCAUGUUAAAUUAUUUUGUUAUUUGCUAUAGUGGAAGUCAGUCUUUAAAAGUUUACCUGUUUUGUAAUUUAGUACCUCAUGUGGAAGAUGUGAAAACGGAAGUAAAAGUGGAGAAAGGAGAGGACAAAGUCACAGUUAAUGGCAGCAUGCGACCACCUCCAGAAAAGAGACAGAAAUUGAGAUAAUGUUUAUCAGUCAUCAAUGACAUUUAUUUUGCUCUUGUAAAUAAUGUUUGUAAAUAGUAAUUGUCAUUCACAUUUAAAAAUAUUUUUUUUAAAAUAAAGUGUAAGCCUCAUGUUCAAAAGUAUUUUGUAAGCAUAUUAUUUUAAGAAAUCCAUUUUUUUUUGCCACAUCCAAAAAAAGUUUGAAGUCCUUCUUUCUUUGCAAAAUGUUAGGAAUUUUGCAGAACAUUUUCAAUCUUUUUUUAAAAUCUCUCUGAAUUUUUUUUGCUGCUCCUGGCUAACAGAAAUAAAAGAGUGCUAAACUUUCCUUAGGUUUUAUCCAUAUGAUACGAACUCAGACAAUGUAUUAAGAGGUGUAUUGAAGAUUAGUUUAUUUAUUUGAGGGUUUGAGAACUGAAUCUUUUCAUGUCUUUGUUCUCUUAGGCUAUAGAUCUGACAUUGGCAUUUUGGCAAAAGGCAUUAACUUUAUAGAAAUUUUUUAAGUAUGUUUCUGGUCACUGUAAUCAUGAAUUGAAAAUAAAUGAUAUUGCUAAAAGUUAUACAUCUUACUGUUGUCAAUUAAAGCUAACUUUUUUUACAGCUUUGGCUAAAACUAAUGACUUACUUAUGACUUACUAACGACUACCAUAACUUACUGGUACAAAGAAUAUAUCUUAACUUAAAGUCACAUAUAGUUUUAGACAUUACCAGUUAUUACUCCAAUGAAUUUGAUAUAAACAAUUUAUAGGUUACUCAAUAUUAUUCAUUAUAAAGUUGCCUUUAUUUGAAUUCGAUCCAUUCAGAAAUGCAUUUUAAUCACUUAGCUACCGAUGACGUCUACACGACGUC